GUAUGCAGUCCAAAAGCUAGAUGAGUUGUACGCCAAAAAGAUGUAGGAGUUUCGUGCGUAUUUCUAUGCACUGGAGACGGCACCGUCUCGUGCCAUUGACUGGCGCAUGCCGCAACCUCCGUCGAGCGGUCAGCAUCCGGGAAGCGGUGGAGGAGGAGACGAAGGAGGCGGCGGAGGUGACGGAGGAGACGGCUCACGAUUUGCCGGAAAGGGGGCGGGCGAAACAUCGUCGGGAGAAAAGGCGUCUGGCGGAAAGGGGUCAGUCGGAAAGGGGUCGAGCGGAAAAAGGUCGGCUGGAAAGGGGUCGAGCGGAAAGGGAUCAGGCGGGAAGGGGUCGGGCGGGAAGGGGUCGGGCGGAAAGCGAAGAACGUCCGGGAGAGAGUCCAUCCCACCGUGCGCAACAGAGGUCUCCUGUGCACAACACCUUGCUCCUGGAAGAGGGCGAACGUCUGCAGCAUCCGGCAACAUCUCGUGAGCGGCGAAACCAUUCCUUGAUUGAAACUGCGUCUUCGUUUUGCCUGGAGGGGGGGAUGCCUGCAUUGCGAAGGAGCGAAGGUGCGACCGUCACUUCUAUCAGCUCGGGCGAGCGCCACAAACUCCGAAUAGAUUCGGAGUUGCUGACAUUGCCCUGCAGGCCUUCCGCCAGAAGUGCUCUUCACGCUAUAGUUCCGCAGGGCCAAGAAAAUGUGAUGUCCUACCCCCGACAUCUUCAGUUGGGCACAAGGUUCCCCUGCUCACCUCCGUUCUCAUAUGUUGAGACUCGAGACUGGCGGUUUGGCGACGUGCUGGAGGGGCCCACUGUAGGAGUGUUGGAGACCGGGGGUGGCGAGUAUGAACGUCAUGCUUCGGAGGGCAUGCCAGUCGACGUUGACAGCAAUAGUGCAGCGGCUCCUGGGGAAGAGGAGCGCUCUCCGGGAGCGCCGCAUGCUGUACAGCGGGAAGAGGAGACUCAACACUGGAAGUCUCGCAAAGUGUUGGGGACCGGGGGUAGCGAGUAUGAACAUCAUGCUUCGGAGGGAGUGCUGGUGAUCGGGACGUCCGAAGAGGUUCCGCACAGUCGUUCGGCUGUGGCCACGACGCGAGAGGGUGUCGUUAAAGGAGGUUUGUGGACGUUCGUGCAAGCUCCUGUUCUUGGCGAUGAUGAAGGCGAAGAAGAACCUGUGGUGGAAGCUCGGGUUUGUGGCGAUGAGAAAGGCAGAGAACCCAUGGUGGAAGGCGGUGAGGUGACGGUCGGCAUCCAGAUGGAUCUACAGCGGAAAGAUGGUGAUUCUUCGCCCACCCGUUGCGUUGAAGAACAGGGUGAUCGAGCGUCCGUCCUCAGUACCGGUCGGGAAAUGGUAGUUCAUGAAGCCAUCGAGUUGGGUAACGACUCGGCUGCCACCGAGCUGGUUAGCAACUCAGGCAUGACCGAGGUGCACAACGUCGAAUCCUCCAUGGAAGGCGGUGAGGUGACCGUCAGUGUCAAGAUGGAUCCAGAGCGGAAAGAUCAUGAUUCUCCGUUCACCCGUUGCGGUGAAGAACAGGGUGACCGAGUGUCUGUCCUCAGUACCGGUCGGGAAAUGGUACUUCAUGAAGCCAUCGACUUGCCUAGCGACUAAGCUGCCACCGAGCUGGUUAGCGACACAGCCGUGGCCGAAGUGCAGAACGCCGAAUCCUCCAUGGA